AUGGGCUUCACCACUGGCUUCACCGGCGGUGUGACCCUCACCCUAGGCGUCGCCUACCUAACCGUCCUCGCCCACCAACGCAACCGCGAGGCCCAAUCCCACAUCCUCCGCUCCCAGAACCACGUCCUCUCCUCCCUCCUCGAGCCCAAUCUCCGCCUGCCGCCUCCCCUGACGCGCUCCGAGCAGUCUGUCAAGGACCGCGAGAACCUCGUCGAGUCGGCAAAGUACCGCUGGAACAAGGAGGUCGAGAACGCCGUCCGGUGGGCGCAGCGGACGGACUGGGCCGAGGUCCGCGAGACCCUCGAGGGCAACGUCGCGAGGCUCUGGGGCGGCGCCAUCGACAAGACCGCCGAGGUCGGCGACAGGGCCGCGCCGCUCGCGAAGGAGGUCGUCGAGGGCGCGAAGCAGAAGGGCGCCAUCCUCGCCGACGAGCAGGGCGAGAGCCUGCGCAAGGAGGCUAAGAGCGCGUGGGAGCGCGCGAGGGAAAAGACGCUCGCCGCCGAUGAGGCCGCGCGCGCAAAGGCGGCCGAGCUGCGGAAGGCGGCGGACGGCAAGGCCGCUGAGGUCAAGGCCGUCGUGGGCGAGGUCGUGGAGAAGGGCAGGAAGGAGGCCGGCGCCGCUGUCGUGAAGGUGCAGCAGGCGGCGGGCAUCGUCGAGGACAAGGUCAGCAUCAAGGAGGACGGGAAGGUGCUGCCGGCGGGUUCGCCUGUGCAGCAGGCGCUGCACCAACGGUACGAGAAGCCGAGCGGGCUGACCAAGACGGUCAAGGAGGUGUUGGCGGAACGGUAUCAGCGGGUUGACGAGCGGGACAACACGCAGCUCAGGGGUCUCUGA